GACCCUCCGUUUGACUUCCUGUUAGCAGCCCUAACAGAGAAGAUAAGCUAACCAGUGUUUUUAUAUGUUUGACCAACAAAUGUUGAAGUAGAGUAAAGACUGAGGGUUAGACAUGAUUCCGUACACGGUCAACAUUAAACUGGCGGCUCGGACUCUGACCGGAACUCUGAACCUUCAGAAUAAAACCGCAGUGGACUGGUGAGUGGAGCUGUUAGCAUGUUAGCAUGUUAGCCUGUUAGUAAAUAUACCUACUGUUCUUUAAACCGAUCCGAUCGUAUUAUCGCGGUUUUAUCGGCUGUUUAUAUUAAACUCCUCUUUGGAUCGACUGUCACUGAAACCGGAUCAGGUUUUAGUUCAGAAUCGGGUCUACAUGGACCCUCCUGGGUCAUGUGAUCUGAGACCCGAGUCCACAUGAUCAGGAUCAGGGUCUAAAUAGGGGAGAGUGGGGUAAGAUGAUCCGUGUUUCAUAUUUGGGAUCAAAUCAAGUCAGUGUGAUACUGUGUGUGUGUGUGUGUGUGUGUGUGUGUGUGUGUGUGUGUGUGUGUGUGUGUGUGUCUCUAACUGUGUGUGUGUGUGUGUCUCUCUGUGUGUGUGUGUGUGUGUGUGUGUGUGUGUGUGUGUGUGUGUGUGUGUCUCUAACUGUGUGUGUGUGUGUGUGUGUGUGUGUGUGUGUGUGUGUGUGUCUGUCUUACUGUGUGUCUCUAACUGUGUGUGUGUGUCUUACUGUGUGUGUGUGUGUGUGUGUGUGUGUCUCUAACUGUGUGUGUGUGUCUUACUGUGUGUGUGUGUGUGUGUGUGUGUGUCUCUAACUGUGUGUGUGUGUGUGUGUGUCUUACUGUGUGUGUGUGUGUCUUUGACUGUGUGUGUGUGUGUCUGUAACUGCGUGUCUCUAACUGUGUGUCUGUGUGUGUGUGUGUGUGUGUGUGUGUGUGUGUGUGUGUGUGUCUCUGACUGUGUGUGUGUGUGUGUGUGUGUGUGUGUGUGUGUGUGUGUGUGUCUCUAACUGUGUGUGUGUCUCUAACUGUGUGUGUGUGUGUGUCUCUAACUGUGUGUGUGUUUGUGUGUGUGUCUCUAACUGUGUGUGUGUGUGUGUGUGUGUCUCUAACUGUGUGUGUGUCUGUGUGUGUGUGUGUCUCUAACUGUGUGUGUGUGUGUGUCUCUAACUGUGUGUCUCUAACUGUGUGUGUGUCUGUCUGUGUGUGUCUGUAACUCGUGUCUCUGCAGAUAUCUCUGGAUGUUGUUCGUCUCUGUAAACCAUCAGACUGAGUGUAAACAGAACUGUCAUCUUCAUUAUACAGCAGAACAAAAACAGGGUCUCCUCCUCACAUUCAUGUGUAUUUUUAUCUAUUAUACUCUAUUCUACGGUGGCCGAGACCUUCCACUGCUGCAAAUACAAAAAUAAUUAAAAAAAAAAAAGAAUGAAUAAUGGAUCCAAUGAAAAGCACUUUGAGGGUUGCUGUUUCAGCGCUGUAUGAAAUCUGAAGCAUUAAUUAAUUAAUCAAUGAUGGUUUCAGGAUCUUUAAAAAAAAGAAAAAUUAAAAAAUUAAAUAUUAUUUUAAUUUUUAAAGUCUUUUUUUCAAAUCUGACCUCAGUAACAUGUUUUGUAUAAAGUCAUUAAAAGGUUCAUGUUGGUGCGACCUUAGCUCUUCUUAAAGGGAUAUUCUGCUGUAAAAUUAAGUUAUGGUCAAACACCGAGUUAGACCCCGCCUCCAGAGAUGAAUGUUGUCGACCGCUUCCUUCUCUAGUUAUACCAACUUUAGUAACGACCGCAGGAUAGAAAUACAGAGAGCCACGCCCCCAACCAAAACGCCACUCUAUAGCCACAAAUAAUGCUCAGAACAGCACCUAACUUCAUCAACAGGACAUAUAGGGUCACAGACAUAGUACUAGACACCAAACAUCUUUUUAACUUUGACUCAUUUCUUUAGCAAAGAGACUAAACACAACUCACCUACUCUCUUCCAGCAGCCACUUGUUUGUAGUGAGACCUCAGGCCAGUCCAUUACAGACUACAGCGGGGUGCCGCAGCUCAAGGAAGAACAUUUAUGAUCAUUUCUUCAUGGAAAUACAAUCAGACCGAGACGCUAAGACAGAAGAACUACCGCGUCUGUAAAUUGAUCAAUAUGGUGAUUAUUACUUCAAGGAAAUGAUGAAGAAAUGAUCAUAAAUGUUCUUCCUUGAGCUGCGGCACCCCGCUGUAGUCAGUAAUGGACAACAGUGUAAAUAUACUAAAGUUGGUAUAACUAGAGAAGCAAGCGGUCGGCAACAUUCGGUGGGUUUGACUCUAACUUAAUUUCACACCAGAAUAUCCCUUUAAUGGAGCCCUCACAGACAACAUGGACUCUGAUGGUCCCCAGACCAUCAGGGAUGCUGGAUGUGGACUGGGAGCUGAGUGGACCCUCUCCUCAGCCCUCAGGACAGUUUUCCUCUUCAUCUCUGUCCGUCUUUAAUAAUGAAAGGAGAUCGCUGAUUUCUCUGAGUUAUCAGGAAGUUCUCUGUU